CGGUCAUUCCACAAAGUAACUUUGACCCGGAAGAAAUCAAGCAGACAGAAUACCUAUUUAUAAAUUCUAGAGGUUUCUACUACUCGUCUCGUGGUAAUCAUGUUUUUGUGUCAUAAUGGAAGGGAUUCGAGGACCAAGUACCCGCGUGCACCGACACGCGACUAUUAAAAAUUAAUUAAUAAUCCACAUGAAUGCAACCGCAACAGUUUUAAGGACAGACGCAAACGAGUUUAUGCCAAGUUAAUCGAAUCAUAAUGACCAUGCACCGCAAAUAAUAGUCUCAAGUAAACAUACAUAUUGUGGUGGUCAGUGCUGCGUUCAUCAUUUCAUCCGAGAUGUACUUCAGGGUCGGCCUUGUGUUAUUUGCUGCGUGUUUCACCUUAGAUUGUUCUGCCGAACCCUUGACGGCAAAACAAGAACAAGAAAUAAUAAAGUAUAUCGAAAACCAGAUAAAUCAUUUUGAUGUUCACGAUGAGGAUAGCCUCAAUAAAGCUCUAUACAAGGUAUCGGAUUUGUUUAAACCUUACAUGAAGCAUGGCAUAAAAUUAUGGAAUAUUCCUGUAUUGGAUCCUUUAUUUUUGAAAAUAGUAAAGAUAACACAAAACGAGGGUGGUAAUAAUUUCAAAGCAGAGUUUAAUUCUGUAUGGGUGUAUGGUUUGUCUGACUAUAAGAUCGAGUAUAUUCGGGCACAUCCUGCUAAGUACUCUUUUGAAAUGAAGCUGAAAUUUCCAGAUUUAAAAAUGCUAGGAAAUUACGAUAUAGAUGGUAAAUUGCUUAUCCUAGAUUUGAAGGAUCAUGGUCCGUUCACCGCAAAUCUGACUGAUGUUGACGCCAUUGUUGAAAAUAAAUUUACUGUCAAAGAUGGCCAUCUUCUUCUUUCGGAAUCGAAAACAGAUUUUGCUGUAAAGAACUUGAAAUUUCACUUGGAGAAUUUGCUUAAAGGCUCCGCCGUCGGCGAGUCUAUCAACGAAUCCCUGAACCGGAACGUGAAUGAAUUGGUCCGCGACCUGAAGCCGGCCUUUGUGCGAGAAAUUAACAGGAUCAUCGUGCGCACCUUGAACAGGAGUGUGGAGAAUCUGCCUUUAGCUAAGUGGCAAGCGGCUAUUAAAUAAACAUCCUCCCGUACACAUACGUAUUAUGUUAUCUUGUAGUUAUAAAAAAAAAGGUUUAAUUUAACUAUGCUUGUCUUAUUACUGGUUCUUUUAAUCAAUUUAUUACGCCAUUACGCAAAUUUUGUAGAUUCUAUAAGUAAUAAAAUGACAGAUCGAUUGGACAAAUUGGGGCAAUCCGAUCAAAAUCAAUUCAUGAUUUUAUUUUAUUUUAUGGGUAUUCAGGAUAGUGACAGCCGUGCUGAAUAUAACCAAAACAUAUUUUAAUGCUUACAUAAAAGAAGGCUAAUAACAGUCAUCCUUUAAAUUACAUUAUGUGACAAUUAAAAAUACCAAAAAAUUUAAAAAACAACGAGAAUGUGCACAAAUAAAAAUACGAGCACAUACCGGUCGUAAAAUAUAUACGUAAUUAAUGUAGUUUCAUUCAUGUACUUUUGGUACAGAACAGAAGAAAGAAUCACAAAAUAUAUCCAAAUAAACACCUUAAAAUAUUA